CUGAAAAUGGUAUUUCCAGUAUCAGCCCACCAGCCAUUCACUCAGUAGCAGUAAUGCUAGCGUCUUUACUAAUUACCUAAAAUCGGUUUCUGUAGAAGACUGGAAACAUACAGGUCUUAUUUGCUUAUUUUCGUAGUAAAAUACUUUAUUUUACUUUCCGACAUUAAAGGAAUAUCCUGGACAAGUGUUUAGUUACUGUUUAUAAUCUGAGGUUUUAGGCGUUUAGCUCCAUUCACGCCAUUUACUGAAGAUUCGCGGGCUCCCUCUAGCGAUCAGCGGUCAUUUUCUACUGAUAUAACCCGCUGUGUGCAUUUACUGAAUCAAGCAAGUCACCACUAGACCGUUAAACCUGUGGGUUAUGUUUAUUAUCUAGCGUUAUCUAACUGGAUAUUUUCUCAUGAUACACAGUAUUGAAUGUUAUUCUAUGUUUUUAGUGUAAAAUGAACAAAACACUGUAGCUACUCCUUCAGCUGCUGCUGCUAUUAGUGCUAACUCCACUACCCGCCCGGCUUCAGUAAAGUUUGGUUGUAAAUCGUCACAGUUCCUCCUCCCUGAUGGCAAACAUGGAGACAGACCAAGAUAAGACUCCACAGUCGCUCUCCGCUAAAUUUGAGGGAUCUUUUGCAUAUCUGACAGUGAGGGACAGGCUGCCAACAAUCCUGACGAAAGUCAUUGACACUAUUCACCGAAAUAAGAACAGCUUCUUUGAAGAACAUGGCGAGGAAGGAGUCAGUGCAGAGAAAAGGGCCAUCUCCUUCCUGUCGAAGCUGCGGAAUGAGCUGCAGACAGACAAACCUGUCUUACCUCUGACUGAUGAAGCAGAGGAUGCAGCAGCCUGGAAUGAGUACAUUCACAGACAACAGGACCUGAUGGAGAACAAGCAGCCUGUCAGCUGGUUCAAGUCGCCAUGGCUAUAUGUGGAGUGCUACAUGUACAGGAGAAUCCAGGAAGCCUUAUGGCUUAAUCCUCCAAUCUGUGAUUUUGACGUGUUCAAGGAGGCAAAGACUCAAAGCUUCUUUGAGUCUCAGCAAGCAACGAUAUCCCUCUGUACUUACCUCCGAGACCUCCUUACAGGCGUUGACAAGCUCACUGAGAAUCAGCUCUUCGACGCAUUUCUCAAGUUUCUGCAGGUGUCUUUGUGGGGGAACAAGUGUGACUUGUCCAUCUCAGCUGGACAGGACAAUUCCCAGAAGUCCAGCCCCAUUGACUCUCUGGCAGAUCUGCAGCGUUUCAUACUGGUGGAUGACUCUGAUAAGGUUUGGUCAGCUUUGAUGGCUCUGCAGGGUUCUGUGGGUACAGAAAAAAGCGGAGCUAGAGUUGACAUCGUUCUGGACAACUCUGGUUUUGAACUCGUCACUGAUCUGGUACUUGCAGAUUUUCUAAUUUCCGUUGGACAAGCUAAGGAAGUGCGGUUUCACGGAAAGUGCUUUCCGUGGUUUGUGUCUGACGUCACCAAGAAGGAUUUUCAUUGGACAAUAAGUCAAACUAUGGCAUCCAAUCACAGGCAAAUGUCUGCCUGCGGUGUCCAGUGGAAGCGAUUUCUAAAGGAGGGUGUGUGGUCGUACCAUGACCAUCAGUUCUGGACCUUGCCCAACGAGUUCUGUGACAUGCGAGCUGAUGCAGCGGACCUUUACUCCACUCUUCAGGCUUCAGAUCUGAUUCUCUUUAAGGGGGACCUAAAUUACCGUAAGCUGACGGGUGACAGGGACUGGGAACACACUGUUCCUUUUGGCAGAGCAUUGAGAGGCUUUCAUCCUGCCCCACUUUGCAGCCUCAGGACUCUAAAGGCUAACGUACAGGUGGGCUUACAGUCUGAUCAGGGAGAGAAGCUUACCUCUCAGGAGCCAGACUGGAUGACCGUUGGAAAAUACGGAAUAGUUCAGUUCUUCUGUCCUCCCUGAGAACAAUAGGGCUGAUGUUGGAGAGA